AUGCCGGGCAUCCUCCAGACCGACGGUGCCAACGGCGUCGCGCCCGGCUCCGACCCAUUACUCGAUCCCGCGUCCGACGACAUACUGCCACCCGUCGAGGAAUUUGUCGUCGUUAACCAGGAGGUCUCCAUUGACAUCAACUUCCGUGAACAGAGCAUCCAGGGCGAGAGCCGCAUCACAAUAUACCUUACAAAUCCCGACGACGCGCCAGACGAAGUCGCCCUCGAUGCCCGCCAGUGCGAAAUCGAUACCACUCAGAUCCGCGUGAACGGCAAGGCCGUCCGCGCCACCUACCGAGACCCCUACGAGUCCCUCGACCUCCCGCCAUCAUGGGACCUCACGCCGUCCAACUUCCCCGUCCUCAAGAACCGAAUGCGGAAUCUUCUGCCAAAGCGACGGCGCGAUCUGCCAGUCGAAAAGCGCGAGCAGGUCGGCUGUAAUCCGGCAGACCGGUCCCUGCGCGUGGCUCUGCGUCCAGAGCCCCCCAAACCCCCAGCCAACGCUGCCCCGGGGGCUGCAGCGGAUGCCAGCUCGGCUCAGCAACCAGGCAAGCUCAAGGUUCGCCUGUCGACCGCUGGACUUGCGGACACAUCGGCAAACGGACGCGGCGGCACCAAGCCUGAUUCUGACCAGCCGACCGACGGCCUGUUUGAGAUUGUGAUUCCGUUCAAAACGACACACAUUCGCGAUGGCCUGCACUUUGUUGGCGUGGAAGACAAUGACACGCGGUUCCCCCACGUCUACACACGGCAUUCCCUCGAGCCAGGCAUGGCCGCCUGCAUAUUUCCCUGCCUCGACGACCCCGGCUCGCGUUGUUUCUGGAAGAUUCAUAUCAAGACGCCACGAACCCUCGGCGAUGCCCUGAUGCAGCAGCUCGCAUCAAAUCAGUCCAUGAAUGACGCGGCGGCGGCGGCGGCGGCGGCCGACGCUGCUGCUAGCAACGACCGGUCCAUUACCGUGCACGGCAGCCAAGGGAAGCAACAGGCAUCAUCACCAAAUGGACAAGGUGCAAAGAGUGGCCGCAGGCAGCUCCAGCUCACGGAAGAAGACAAGCUUCUCGACAUGACGGUGGUCUGCUCGGGCAACCUUGUCGGCGAGAGGGUUGACGAGGCCGACGAGUCCAAAAAGGUCAUGACCUUUGAGAUCACGGACCACGGCGCGGCGGCCAACCAAAUUGGCUUUGCGGUCGGCCCCUUUGAGCACGUGGAUCUCUACACGGGGUUUCGUACCGACGAGGACGACGAGAAGCUGGGCGCAAGCGCCCUGAAGAUUCACGGCUACUGUCUGCCUGGACGGCAGGUCGAGGUCCAGAACACGUGCGUGUCGCUCACGACCGCGGCCGACGAGUUUGCCAUGACGUACGGUCGGUACCCGUACGAUAGCUUCAAGCUCUGUUUUGUCGACGACAUGGUGUCCGACACGACACCGCUGCUGUCCUUCUCCCUCUGCAGCACGCGUCUCCUCUUCCCGGACAGCAUCGUGGAACGGGAUUUUGAUGUGACGAGGAAGCUGGUGCAUGCGCUGGCGUACCAGUACUUUGGCUCGUACAUUGUCCCGAACCAGCGCACCGAGCUGUGGCUCACGGUCGGCAUCGCCUACUACAUGACCGACCUGUUUCUAUGCAGGCUGUGCGGCAACAACGACUACCGGUUCCGGAUCAAGACCAUGACCGACCGACUGGCCGAGGAAGACCGCGACCGACCGUCCCUGCAUGAUCUCGGGACCUACACGUACUUGGGCGACUUUGAGAUGGAGUUCAUGGCCCUCAAGGCGCCCCUUGUCCUUUUUAUUCUCGACAAGCGGCUGACAAAGGCCGCGGGCUCGGCGAGCGCGAGCCUGGCACGCGUCAUCUCAAAGAUCAUCAGCAAGGCGAACACGUCUGGUUGGGGUGACAACAACAACGAAAUCAUCUCGUCCGAGUCGUUCCGCCGCGUCUGCGAAAAGACGAGCCAGUACCAGCUGGAGGCCUUUUGGAACCAGUGGGUGCUGGGCUCUGGGUGCCCGUGGCUGACGAUCAAGCAGCGGUUCAACCGCAAACGGCUCUGUGUGGAGAUUGGCAUCCACCAGACCCAGGAGACCGUGGCGGCCAAGCCGCGGCCGAUGCACCACGCCGAGUUUUGGCGGGAGCUGGUCGAGAAGCGACACGGCACGUACGCACGCAGGGUGCAGCGGCUGUUCACGGGGCCGAUGACGAUCCGCAUCCACGAGGCCAACGGCACGCCGUACGAGCACAUUGUGGAGAUUCGCGACGACGCGGCCUUUACGGGCGGGGCGAAGUUUGACAUUCCGUACAAUACCAAAUACAAACGGCUUAAGAGGAACCGGCGGAACCGAGAAAAAGCCGCCGCCCUGGCAGCCAGCACCGUGGACAGCAGCGGCGCCAACGCCGAGAACAACGACGAGCAAAUUGUCUUCUCGCUGGGCGACAAGCUGGACACGCCGGACGAGAUGGCUGCUUGGGGUCUGAUUGACUGGACGGAGCAAGACGAGAAGAGCAUGGACCAGGAGUCGUACGAGUGGAUCCGCAUCGACUCGGACUUUGAGUGGCUCUCCAAAAUUCACACCAACAUGCCUGCGUGGAUGUACCUGUCGCAGCUGCAGCAGGACCGCGACAUUGUGGCGCAGCAGGACACGCUCUUGUACUUGUCCCGAAUUCGAGAGCAUGCCAUGUCGGCGACGAUCCUGACGCGCACGCUCUACGACGACCGCUAUUUCCAUGGCCUGCGGACCAUGGCGGCCGAGAACCUCACGCGCCAGGUCUGGAAGCUGUCGGACACGGCUGGCGGCGGCGGCAGCAGCAGCAGCAACGACGACGACCGCGCAAACGGCCACGGCGGUGGUGGCGGCGAAUCGAUUGUGUACCGCGGCCUGGAGCAGCUGAUGCAUGUGUUCCGCCACUUCCACUGCUACGACGACGCGACGGCCAAGCCCAACGACUUUUCCGACAUGCGGCGGUACUGGGUGCAGUGUGCCGUCAUCGAUGCCAUCUCCAAGGUGCGCUUUGAGGACAAGCGGCCGCGCGAGGCGCAGCGGUUCCUGCUGGACAUUCUGCGGUUCAACAACAACGCGCAGAACCUCUUCUCGGACCAUCUGUAUGUGGCCCGCGUCAUUGUCGCCCUGGCGACGAGCUUCUGUUCGACGUCGUCGGCCGCGACGCAGACGGGCGCGAACAGCAAGAACAGCAAGAACAGCAAGAACAGCAAGAACAGCAGCGCGGCGGCCAAGCCCAAGGACCGCGGCAAGAUGGACAUGGUGUUGACGUUUGACGACGGCAUGAGCGACGACGGCGACGGCGGCGGUGGCGGCAACGGCAACGGCGACGACGACGACGCGUCGGACGAUUUCAACCACCUUGGCGCCGAUAUCGACCGCAUGGAGGUGGACACGGAGGACCAGCAGCUGCUGGAGGCGGCGCUUGCCGAGAUUGAGCGGUACCGGCGCAUGGACGAGUGGACGAGCUCCUACCAGAACGCGUGGACGACGGCGGCGCUCGAGGCCAAGCGGAAGCUCAUGAAGACGGGUGUGAUCCCCGUGGACGCGCUCGAGUUUGUGCGCUACCUGCAGGACGGCACGAUCGACGCGGUGCAGCUCAAGGCGUGCGAGGCGCUGAUCGACCUGGGCCUGAUGCUGCGGCCGGCCAUUCUGAGGCUGCUGCUGUCGACGAUGACGACGCACGCGUCGCCGUUUAUGCGCGACCGGCUGUUCAAGCUGUUCUGCAAGGGCCUGGCCUCGAUUGCGUUUGGCGAGCACACGGGCUCGUCGUCGCCACCGGGUGGCGCGGGAGCGGACGACAAGAAGAAGCAGGACCAGGCGGCCCUUGUCAACGGCACCACGAACGGGGCCAAUGGCGACACAAAGGCUGGCGAUGCGGCACGCUUGAAAGCCGAGGACGAGGACGGGCAGGAGGAGGAGGCGGACGACGACGACGACGACGACACGGGCGGCCUGAUUAUCGAGCAAGGCGACGCGAUCACCAAGAAGCACCAGGAGGAGCACGCGCGGCGCGAGAACAUUGACGCGGCGGUAGCGGCACUGCGCGAAGCCGUCAAAGGCAACCAGGAGCUGCUAGCCGCCAUGUGGGAUGCUGUGCUUUCGCCGGUGACGGGCUGCACGGAGAAGCGGAACCUGAUGGACCUGCUGGACGUCAUGUUUGACGGCGACCUGUCGCUUCUUCUUACGGUGAAGCACCCGACAAUGUGGACGGCGGCACGUAGGGCGACGCCUGGCGGUGUCAUUGAUUUCAAGAAGAUUGCACGACCCCUCAAGCAAGCGGCUCCGCCGCCGCCCGCAUCGACCGCCGCCGCUGCCAUGCAGCCUGUCCUUGGUGCCGACCCGGUCGUGGCCACGGCGGCGGCGCCGGCCAGCACCUUGCCGCCACUGAACACGCCUGGCGCAGCAACGGCCGCACCCGCCAGUGCGACGGCGGGCGGUCCAGCAAGCACUGCUGCGACGCCCGGGCAGCGUACUGCGCUGCCUGGCGCACCGUCCAAGAGGCCGACGAUGCCCAAGAUCAAGCUCCAGACAAACCGCGUCUCGAUCGGCGGCGCAGGCUCGCCGGCCCCGUCACCGGCUGUUGGCACGCCGAUUGUCAUCAAGAAGCCGUCUGUGGCUACGCCCGCGCCAGCCGUGACGCCUGCUGCGCCAGUGUCGACGUCUGUCCUGCCCUCCCUGACGCAGCGCGAGAGCACGGCGGACUCGAUCUCGGUCCAGCCUGCCCAGCGAAAGAGCUCCGCUGCAGCGACACCGGCUGCCGCGUCAGCUGCCGCGGCCAAGGCCAAGUCGCCCACACCGGCCAACGACUACUUUGGCAACUUUACGUCGCGGCUGGGCAAGUCACCGCAGCCGGCGCCAUCACCAGCUGUGUCGGCGGCAUCCGCGCCGGUCAACAACAAGCGCAAGCGGCAGGACAGCCAAGCCGGGAUUGAUGGUACCGGUACCGGUGCUGGUGCUGGAUCUGGAUCUGGAUCGGGAUCGGGAUCGGGAGCGCCGCGGCCCCGCAAGCUGCUGAAGAUUGCUGUGCCCCUUGGCUAUCAGCAGAAGCUCAGCCCACGGGCCAGUCUUUGGCUCGAGACGAACCGGACGGCGUCGCCCGGUUCGGCAGCCGACGGCGACUCGAUCCGGGCGGCCGGCACGCCCUUUGGCUUGACAUCGCCGAGGAAAGCCUCGACGCCGCACUCGACCGCGUCCAAAACGCCGGGCCCCGUGUCGGGUUCUGGCUCGAGUUCGGCGUCGGCGCAUAAGCCGCUGCCCUCGUCCAAGCCACAACCUCGGGGACCGACGCCGACGUCAACAUCGACAACGACACCACCACCGCCACCUGCCUCGGUCUCCAAGUCUGGACCGUCGGUGAAGCGCGAGUCGGCGACGCCGGAUGCCGUCGUCAAGCCGGCACGCAAGCCACUGCCCAAAGGGGCAGCAACAGCACCAGCACCAGCAGCAGCCGUCCAGGCACCACCGGCACCACCGGCAGCUCCUCCGGCGGCAACAACGGCACAAGCAGCACCAACCACGGCGGCCACGCCAGCGACACCGGCAUCGAAGCCCAUCUUUAUCAAAUUCAAGAGCAAGGCUUCGAAUGCGUGA